CUAUCUUCCCUUGUCGUUCUUCAGUCUCCUCGCAGCGGCAGCAAGCGGCGGAGCGAAAGAGGGAGCAAGAUGCCGGCUGGGCACGGGCUGAGGUCGAGGACGAGGGAUCUCUUCUCCCGGCCCUUCCGUAAGAAGGGAUACAUCCCCCUGACCACCUACCUCCGCACCUACAAGAUCGGCGACUAUGUCGAUGUCAAGGUGAACGGGGCCGUCCACAAGGGUAUGCCCCACAAGUUCUACCACGGCCGCACCGGCAAGGUCUGGAACGUCACCAAGCGCGCCAUCGGCGUCGAGAUCAACAAGCAGGUUGGUAACCGCAUCAUCAAGAAAAGGAUCCAUGUCCGUGUGGAGCAUGUGCUACCUUCAAGGUGCCAGGAAGAUUUCCGUGCGAGGGUGAAAAAGAAUGACCAGUUGAAGGCCGAGGCAAAGGCACGGGGUGAGGUCAUCAGCACCAAACGGCAGCCGGUGGGCCCAAAGCCUGGUUUCAUGGUGGAAGGCGCUACACUUGAGACCGUUACACCUAUUCCUUAUGAUGUGGUCAAUGAUCUCAAGGGUGGCUACUAGUCUCCAUUGGUUAAUCUUGGCUCUAUGCUUGAUCCUUGGUUUGAUUAAAGACUUCAUCUAUCCAAACUAGUUGUUUUUGCCAGGUUUUAUGAUGAGACUUGUUUGUCAUGCAGAGUAUGUAUCAACUUUUUUGUGGUUGAAUGCUUAAUUUAGUCUAUUAGUCUGUUAUUUA